AUGAAAGUCACUAUCAAAGAAUGGAACGCGGUGGCCUCUUGGCGAUGGGAUAUGCCAGAGGAUGAUGUCUGUGGUAUAUGUCGAGUCCAGUUCGACGGCACAUGUCCUACCUGCAAAUACCCUGGCGACGAUUGCACUCUGUUAAUUGGCAAAUGCGGACACUCGUUUCACAUGUCUCUACGCCCGCGUCAUGUCAUUCCUCCCCCUCUCCGCUCCACCAACCCGCCAAACCAUCACCCCACCCACCCUCCUGCCAUCCCCCUCCCCAACCCUUCAACCGAAGACCCAAUAAACGACGACCACGACCAUGACCGUGACCGGCAAACAGAAUCCCCCGCCGUACUCCCGCCACCGAACUUCCAGCCCGUCUUCACGCUCCUCUCCAACACCGGCACCUCAACGACCCACCACCCAAACGUCUACUACGUAUUCUCCGAUGAUGCGCCCGAUGCGGAUCCCAUCACAGCGGCGGCUCUGCAAGUGCUCCAUCCCGCCUCGGCGACCUCUUCGCCCACUGUGGACCUCCAAGGUGGGAAUGCACAAGGCAGAAAGGAGCGGUAUGUGCUGCUAGAUAUGGAUGCCACAGGCACAAAAAUUGAGUCGGCGCAAAGUAUGUCUCCGGAUUGGGCUGUCACGUCUACAGAGCUUGGACCAGCGCCUACAUGGGACAGGGAUGGGGAGGGAAAGCAGGAGGGGAAGGAGGCGAGAGGCUUGAUGUUGAGGAUUGAGGGAAUGGAGCUUAGGAGGGAGGAGGAGGGAGUGGUGACAAAGCAAGGCGAGGAAACGAGGUUGGAAGAGUUGGUAGAGAUCUAUGAGAGGCAGAUGGCGGAGCUGAGGAGAGUUGUUGAUUCUGGACAAGGGAUCAGAACGGGCGGAGAAAGUGGGAGAUGA